AUGGCUGCUGCCAGGAGUUUUCUAUCUAAAGAUCAGUUUUCGUGCUUCAUCUGUCUGGAUGUGUUCACUGAUCCAGUCAGCACACCUUGUGGACACAACUUCUGCAAAACCUGCAUCACUAAACACUGGAACAUUAAUGCUCCCGAGUGUCCCAUUUGUAAAAAGGUUUACUACACAAGACCUGAGCUGCUGGUCAAUACCUUUGUCUCUGUGAUGGUUGAUUACUUUAGACAGACAGCUCAACAGAGAGCCAGCAGCAGCUCAGAGCAACAAGCUGCCAAACCAGGAGAAAUUCCCUGUGACGUCUGCACUGGAACUAAACUGAAGGCCCUGAAGUCCUGCCUUGUGUGUCUGGUUUCCUACUGUGAGACUCACCUGGAGCCUCAUUUGACAGUGACAGGUCUGAAAAGACAUCAGCUGAUUGACCCUGUGAGGCACCUGGAAGGCAGGUUGUGUACAAAGCACGAUAAACAGCUGGAGCUGUUCUGCAAGGAUGACCAGACAUGUGUCUGCAUGCUCUGCACAAUUUCAGACCACAAGGCACAUGAUAUUGUUCCUCUUAAAGAAGAAUAUGAAGGAAAAAAGGUAGAGCUUGGGAAAACAGAGGUUGAACUUCAGCAGAUGAUCCAGGAGAGACAACUGAAGAUUCAAGAGCUCCAACAUUCAGUCGAGGUCAGCAGGGAAAGUGCAGACAGAGAGAAAGCAGUUAGUGUUCAUGUCUUCAUUAAGCUGAAGGAGGCUAUUGAGAGAAACCAGGUCAAAGUCACCGAGAUAAUUGAAGAAAAGCACAAAACAGCAGAGAAACAGGCUGAUGGCUUCAUCAAAAAGCUGGAACAGGAAAUUUCUGAGCUUAAGCAGAAAAAUGCUGAGAUGAAACAGCUCUCACACACUGAAGACCACCUUAACCUACUCCAAAACUUCCCCUCCCUGAAUGCUGCUCCACCAACCAAAGACUGGACAAAGGUCAGAGUCCGUUCUCCAUCAUAUGAGGGGAAUGUUAGGAAAGCUGCUGCUCAUUUGGUGGGAAUGCUCAAAAAAGAAAUUAAGGAGCUGUUCACCAAGGAUGAGCUCAAAGCAGUCCAGAAGUUUGCAGUAGAUGUGACGCUUGAUCCUGAUACAUCACAUAAAAAACUAAUCCUGUCUGAAGAUGGGAAACAAGUCCAUCAGGGUGAUGAAAAUAGGAAUCUCCCAGAUAAUCCAGAGAGGUUUUCUACUGGUCUCUGUGUCUUAGGGAAGCAGAUAGGUUCGUCAGGAAGAUUUUACUUUGAGGUUCAGGUUAAAGGGAAUACUGAUUGGAUUUUAGGAGUUGCCAGACAGUCAAUACAGAGGAAGGGCCUUGUCACAAUUAGCCCAGAGAAUGGUUUCUGGACUGUCAGUUUAAGUAAUGAGAAUGUGUACUGUGCUCUCGCUGAGCCUCCAGUUCGUCUCCCUCUAAAGUGGAAGCUGGAAAAAGUGGGGGUGUUUGUGGAUUAUGAGGGGGGUCUGGUCUCCUUUUAUGAUGUUGAUGCUGCAAAUCGUAUCUAUGCCUUUACUGGCAGCUCCUUCACUCAAAAUCUCCUCCCAUUCUUCUGCUCCUGUUGUAAUCAUUGUGAUAAAAACUCUGCCCCACUGAUCAUCUGCCCUGUUGACCAGUGA